GGAAAUUUACUGUUCCAUCUGUCAUUGGACAGUGUUGUCAUGCAACUGAUAGUUUUACAAUAAACAAAUUGAAUGAAAAUAGAGGAAUAAUAUUUGGAGGAGCAGUUUGUAAAAACGGUUUUUCUACACGUACCAACAAUGUGUACAUAUUCAAGGUGACACAAGCUACAAUACAUUGGGAGAGUGUUAAAAGAGGAUCGAUAUCUGGUGGGGGACUCCGGCCUAAAGAGAGAAGUGAUCAUGCUGGUGCUAUUAUCAAUGGAGCCUUUACCCCACCUGCACUAGUAGUGAUUGGUGGAAUGGAUAGUAACAAUCAACUACUGAAUGAAUGUUUACUAUUUGAUAAUGUCACUACUGGUCAGUACAAUUGUAAGAAGAUUCGCCUACCUGAAUCUGUUGCUGGUAGAUACCUUCACUCACUCACAGCUGUCACAAUAUCACCAAAUUGUGUGUGGCUAGUAAUUAUUGGAGGAUAUAAAGGGGUGGGAUGGAGAGAUAUUGGAGGAGGAAUAAAGCAGCCAAAGGUUUUACCAAUCACUGAUAGUAAUAGAGUAAUAAUGAUAGUUGAAUUAGUAUGUAUUGAAGCUGGUGGUGAGUGGACAGUACAGUCAGUACUGGGUGGUAAUGAUCUCACUAGUAAGAAAUAUCAAGAAAAGUAUGAUAUAUACAGCAAGACAAGAACAUGGUGGAUGGAUCAGUUAAUGGAAUAUCCCACAGAGAAGGAAAUGGAGCUUGAGAGGUAUAUUCAGCUACUCCAAGAAAAACUACAAGUGGCUCAUCAAAACAAAGUAUCACUACAGGAGGCACUGGUUGAGGCCAAUCAACAAGCCAAAGUUGAUGAUCAUAAAUUGGCAAUGAAGGAGAAAUUGGAAGAGGUGUUAAAGGCACAAGUACAAGUACAUGAAGAGAAGCAGAUUAUUACCGAAGAAAACGAGAAACUUAGAGCAGCAGUUGCUUAUAAUGAAGUAUGGAUAACUGAAAUAGAAGAAGAGAAGAGACAAAUAGAGGAAGAGAAGAGAAAAGUAGAAGACGAGAAUAAACAAGCAAAGAAAGAGAAGGAGCAAAUAGAUGAAGAGAAGAGACAAUUAGAGGAGCAAUACCUCAUAGAGAAACAGAUCACUAAAGAACUUAAAACUAAAGUUGCUGAUAAUGAAUUGUAUACUGCCAAACUAUUGAAAGAAAGGGAGCAAUGGAGUCAUAUCAAAGAGACUAGUACCAUUGGAUUACAAUUUAACUACCUGAUCCCUUCAAUUGAUAAUUUGGAAUAUUUGAGUGAUGUCCAGGUGGCAAAGAGGAAGCUGUUUUUAAUUCAAGGAGACAAACCUCAACUGAUGAAUUGGGAGAAAUAUGGUCUAAGGAUUGGAGUACAAGGAGACAGUUUACUGCCCUCUGAUACUGUAGAAGUAGCAGUGGUUGCUCUUGUAGGAGGACAGUUCCAGUUUCCUCCUAAUACUGUCCUAGUCAGUGCUGUGUAUGCAGUAUCACUCUCAAAGCCUCUCCUCAAACGACUCAAGUUAGAGAUACAGCACUGUGUUGAUUUAACAGGACAACCAGCUCUUAGUCGUUAUCUCAAGUUUGCUAUAGCUCCCGUGAGCACACCCAGUCUUCCUUACCAGUUUUCAACAGUUGAGGGAGGAGAAUUUAAACCUGAUAGUUGGUAUGGAUCCAUUCAACGUAAAAAGUUCUGUUUGGUAGCUAUUGUUGGGGAGAAACAUCUACCCAAAUCAUCAACUAAUGGAGAUGAGUCAGAGGAAGAGCAAGAGGAACAAGCAGAAGAGGGAACUGAGGAGGAAGUGGAAGAUGGUAAUAGUGAUUCAUCCAGUGAUUCUGAUGAGACUAAAGAUCCACCAGGAACUAGCAGUGGAGCACAAAGAGAGUCUAAUAGUAAUCAUGGAGUAGAGGAAGAGGGGGAUACUGGAGGUCAGCCAUUAUUUGAGAAGGGAAAUGAAAGAGUAGAAGAGUCAAAGGAUUAUAAAGAAUCACAGCAUGAAGAAGCAAUUGCUCCAAUACCUUGCACUGAGAUUAGUUCAGAUUUUAAUAGUAAAGUAGUAGUUUCCACUGGUAUAAUAGAGAAUAUGGCUUAUGCUGGACUGAUUUAUUAUGAGGAGAAAAGAGCUGAAGACUUAGUGGCAUUUACUGCAGCUAAAGAUCUUAAUGCACUGCUUGAGUUUAUUGACAAGAAGCACUCUCAAGCUGAAGUUGGACAGAAUAUUCUGUUUCGUUUCAAAGAUUACGAUGGACAUAUUGAAUUAAAGUUUGAUGCACCUCAAGAAAAACCAUUUACUGGUUGGAGUAUUGAGCCUCACCUUAAACCUUGUAGAUUUCUACGUUGUGAUGUUGAUAAGUUUGGUGAAGCUAAUUAUCCUCUUCCUUCCACUUGUUUAAUAUCAGUAUAUGGGUCACCUGCAUGGUGCUGUACCAUCAUUGCACUAUUCUAUACCACUGGAUGGAGUGGCUGAUCCUAAGACAUUAUUUGUUCAUCGAUCACUAAGAACUACUUUUUCUCCUCCUUCAACAAAUCCUACUACCUCUUCCUCUUCCUCUAAUGUAGUACA